AAAAUAGAAGUAAUAAUAAUAGUAUUGUUAUAUACAGGAAGGCUGUGAUUAGAGGCGGGGUCUCUGUCCAGGCUGGAGCUGCCGUCUGUAGCAGUGAUGGUCACCCUAGCCUGGGCUGCUCGACUUGCUAUACCUUGUGGCUUCAAUAUGAGAUUUGUUAUUCUACUACUACUAACUGGAAUUAUUGGUGUUCGUGCUCGGGCGCAAGAAUAUGAAGAUAAUGACUUUGCUGAAUUUGAAGUAUUCGAAGAGGAGGAUGAAAUAGCAGGUGAAGAAGGAAAUGAAGGAAAUGAAGAAGGGCUGUCUCGUGGUGGAGGGAGGCAAGAUGGUAGUGAAGCAUCUAGUGGAUUGCGAGUGGAUGUGGAAGAUGAUGAUGAUGAAGAGGAGGCAGUUGUAGAGGAUGAAGAUGAGAAUGAUGAAUUUAGCCAUUUUCACGAUGAGGAGGAAUUUAUUGGCUUUGAUAGUGAGAGACCACAGGGAACUCGUGUGCCUAAGUCACAAGAGGAGCCAAAGAUUACUAUUGCUAAUGUUCCUCUUCAUCUGCGGAGUAAUUGGGAUAGCUUCUACUUGGAGAUGUUAAUGAUUGCUGGACUUGUUGUAUAUUUCAUUAACUUUAUUGUUGGUAAAUCAAAGAACCAGAAGUUGGCUAAUGCUUGGUACAAUUCCCAUAAGAACCUUCUUGAACAGAAUUUUGCCCUUAUUGGUGAUGAUGGAAAACAAUCUGUAGAGAAUGGUGGUUUGCAAAAGGAAUCUGAAAAUGUCUACACACUCUGGUGCUCUGGACGUACUAAUGUUGAAGGAAUGCUGGUGGAACUAAAAUUCAUCAAGAGACAAGACAUGAUUGGUGUGGUAUCACAGUUGAUCCGGCCCUCGAGUGAUCAGUUGCUAGUCAAGGUUCACCUUGAUGAAAUGGAUGCAUUUGUGUUUGCCCUUGCUACCAAAAAAACAGCUGCAAGAUUAUCAAAAGAGAUGACUGAUAUAAGUACAUUUUGUCCAGAGAAGAAAUCGGGUGAGAAAUUUGGCCUUGGUUCUCAGUUUGUUCUUAUGAAUGAACUUGGUGAAGUAGCAUCAACUGUUUUGGGUGACCCAAAAGUGACAGCAGUGCUCAAUAAAUUCUCUGGAAUGAUUGACUUCUUCCAUUUCUCAGAUCAGUAUUCAGGACCUAAACAACCUGAAGAUGCACAACCAACCAAGCUGCCUGAAGUACGCAGGUCAUUAGUGUUUGGCUUCAAUUUUCCUGGGCGUGGUAACCCGUCAUUGGAGGUCAUUGAAAGCAUGAAGCCACUGAUGCAGUUAGUCUUUCACUUGACUGACAAACUACGCAGGUUUAAGCUCAGCAAAGAGGGCAGAACAAAAGCAGAAAAAAAUCGCUCACGUGUGGAGGAAGCCUUUCUAAAGGCUACCCAUGCUGCUCGGGCAGAGAUGGCUCAGGCUAAGAGAGAAGAACGGAAGAGAAUGGAGAGGGAGAAGAUGCUUGAGAUUGAUGACCCAGAUAAACAGCGUAAGUGGGAGGAACGUGAGCAGCGACGGCAAAUGAAACGACGUGCACCCAAAAUGAAGCAACUCAAGACCUCAUAAGAUGUGAUGUGACAGGAAGGGUGCAAGAUAUGUAUCGCUGUAAGCUUCAUACAAUUGUGUGUCUCAAAUCAUUAUUAUUCCUUGUUUAUCAUGUUACAUCAGGUGUGAUGUAAUGUACACUGUGCCAUUACUGUACUAAAAUGUGAGUGCAGUGAACAAUGAAAGAGCAUUGAAUUUCUGCAGUUCAUCUGAGAUUGAUAUAUAAACUAUGACUUGUUUUCCAAGUCUUUUUCUGAGAAUUUAUUCAGAGUGCAGUAUUAUUAAUUGUCCACUCAUUAAGGUUCUUUAACACAGUUAUCAGUAGUAUUAAUAUGGAUAAUUUUUUAUGAAGCUGAUCUCUUUAAAAAGGAAAAUCUGGCCUUGAGUUUCUCAUACCUGUGAUAAAUAUAAGAUUUGGUACAAUUGUGCUGUACUGCUGCUUCCGGAGUUGUUGGCAACAAUUAUGUAUGUAGGUGUCAUCUUUUUGUAAUUCAUUCCUGUUAAGUAUGUCAUAAGAUCAGUUGUUAAUAUAAUACCGUUGUGAAAUAUAAGUGUAAGGGUAAUUAUGUGAUACUGUUUUAAUUAUUUAGGUUUAUUUUAUUUUGUUGAUGCUGGUUCAGUACUUUCAUUGUUCCAUAGAGAAAAAUCUAAGCUGCUAUAGGGAUGUUAAAAACGUCUGUUUUCUUUAGACUGUUAAGAAUAUUUUUCUCUAUUCAUUUUUGUGAAUGCUAUUUUAAUAUACAGUAGGGACCCGACGUAAGAGGUUAUGAGUUAUGAGGUUUUGCAUAUACGGCAUUGGAAUUUUGGAACCAAUUAGGUAUGAACAGUAACCCCCACUUCCAUUGUCAGGACAACUAUAUUUAAUAUUGUCAUAAGGAUGAAUUAUAAAUAAUAUAUUUUUCUUGGUUAGUGUUUUUACCUUCUGUAACUGAUCAUCCCUCCCCCCUUCUACCGCCCAAUACUCUCGCUUCCUUCCCUACCCUGCAGCGCUGCAUAGCCCUUGUGGCUUAGCGCUUCUUUUUGAUUAUAAUAAUAGUGUUUUUACCAAACUUUGUUCAUUUUAUGCAUGUAUAGAGUGCUCAUAUUUGUUUUGGUAAAGGUUGAUUAAGAAUUAAAGAUUCAAUAUUUACAUUGUGUCAGUACAUCAGUGGUUGGUGUGUGGGGGGGGGGGAAACUGGUGGAGGUUGGUGAGGCAGGGAGGUGAGUGUGUUAGCUGAGAGCCAGGAGGAAGUGCUCCCUGAUCAGCAUUGCCAGCAGUGUCCUGCUUGUGGACAUGUUCAGUAAGUAGUCUGACUGAGACAUAGCACCACACAGUGACAGCACUCUCCCUCACACAACACACCACCUUCAUAACCAACCACCCACUCGCUCGCUCCCACCCAACCACCCACCCACCCGCUCCUACCCAACCACCCUCACAUCCACACCACCUUCACACCCACACUACUUUCAUGCCCAUCUCACACCCCACACCACUUUUACACCUCUCACUCACACCACCCUUGCAUCCACAAUACCCUCACACCCAUCAUCACCCAUCUUCAACCACUGCACCCAUCUUCACACCCACACCACCAACCAUUACACCCCUUCCCCUCACCUGCUUACCACCCACUGUAACUUACACCAUCAACUCACCCGCUCUACCCACCCUCAAGAUACCCGCUCUCACAAACUGUCUCUUACCCUCUACUUGUAGGUAAAAAGAAAUGGUACUGAAUGGAAAAUAUUUAAUAAAAACCUCUUUGAAAAUUGAUAUGGAAUAUUAUGACUGAGGAAUAUAUUAAUUCGUUUUACAUGUUUCUUAUGGAAAUUGGUUCUGGGUACUGAAAAAUCGACUUUUGACAUACUUCGUGGAAUGCACGAACAUCGUAAGUUGGGGUCCUACUGUAUUUGAUCAACAUGGCCUGAAAUGUCUUUUUAGUUUUUCCCCAACAUAGAAUAAUUUAUAAGAUUGGUAUAAUAGUGUAAUGUACCUAGUCGGCAUUAGUUCACCAUUCAUGGUCUCUUUACACCAGUGAAGAUUUUUAUAAAUCAACUGAAAAUA